AUCAUAUUCAUUAUAUAACUUGCCAUUUUGUGGGUUUUCACUAUGCAACACAUAGAUAGAGAAAUGGAGAAGGGUCAACAAAGAGCCUACAGAGCUCACUGUUUGGUCUUACCCUAUCCUGACCAAGGCCAUAUCAAUCCCAUGCUCCAAUUCUCUAAGCUUUUAGAUCAUAAAGGAGUCAAAGUGACACUGGUCACCACUCGGUUUUUAUGCAAGACAAUGCACAGGUCAGGGUCCAGGCGUAUUCCACUGGAGACGAUCUCUGAUGGUUAUGAUGAAGGUGGAAGAGCACAAGCAGAAAGCAUAGAUGUCUAUUUGGAGAGCUUGAGGAAAUCAGGGUCACCAACUUUGGCUGAGCUUCUUGAGAAGCUUUCAAGCUCAGGGUUACCGGUUGAUUGUAUUGUUUAUGAUGCAUUCAUGCCUUGGCCUCUGGAUAUUGCCAAGAAAUUUGGGAUUCUUGGGGCUAUUUUCUUCACACAGUCUUGUGCUGUUGACACCAUCUACUGCCAUGUGAAAAAUGGAUUGCUGAAACUUCCUGUGGUUGAGUCUGAAAUAUCGCUUCCUGGGUUGCCGACACUUAAGCCCUCAGAACUGCCAUCCUUUCUAUCUGAUUUCGGGUCUUACCCAGCCGCCUAUAAAUUGGUUGUUGUGGAUCAGUUCUCCAAUGUUGACAAAGCUGAUUGGGUCCUCUGCAAUACAUUUUAUGAGUUGGAAGAACAAGCGGUGGAUUGGAUGACAAAGUUUUGGCCAAUGAAGACCAUUGGACCAACUAUACCAUCUCAAUACUUGGAUAAGCGUCUUGAAGAUGAUAAAGACUAUGGUUUCAACAUGUUUAAACCAGAGAGUAAUGCCUGCAUGAAAUGGCUCAAUGAACAGCCAAAGGGGUCUAUUGUUUAUGUGUCAUUUGGCAGCCGAGCAGAAAUUGAAGCUGAGCAAAUGGAGGAACUGGCUUUCGGAUUGAGGAGUAGUAAAAGAAAAUUCUUGUGGGUGAUUAGAGAAUCAGAAGCAAGGAAGAUCCCGAAAGGGUUUGUGGAGGAGACAUCUGCAAAGGGUUUUGUGGUUUCCUGGUGUCCCCAACUGGAGGUUUUGGCUCAUGAAGCAGUUGGUUGCUUCAUUACACAUUGUGGUUGGAACUCCACAUUGGAGGCUUUGAGUUUGGGGGUUCCAAUGGUUGCAAUGCCUCGAUGGACUGACCAAAGCACCAAUGCCAAGUACAUUACGGAUGUGUGGAAAAUUGGGAUCAGAGCUCAAGUUGAUGAGAAAAGGAUUGUGAGGCAAGAAGAAGUAGAGCAUUGUGUAAGUGAAAUAUUGGAGGGAGAGAGGGGAAAUGAAAUACAAAAGAAUGCUAUAGCAUUGAAAGAAUUGGCUAGAAAGGCUGUGGAUGAAGGUGGAAGUUCUAACAAGAACAUUGAUGAGUUCAUUGCAACUCUGGUUCAUCGCUAACUGAUGUUGAUAGAGGAGCUGUUUUUAAUGGUAUCCCUCAAUGUCAUUGUGGAAAACAGUCUUUGACAAAUAAAAUGUUGUUCUGUAAUAAAUUUAAAACUGUGCAAUUUUAAUGUGUACUCAUUUGUUGCAUAUAUUCUGCAAUAAUUGCAAUUAGAUUAAAACGUAGAGCUUAAUCUUCUAUCAAGAGAUGAUUUAAAUGGACCACGAGUAAAACUGUAAAACACAAGAUAGAUUUUCUA